AUGCCUACAUCCAUCCCCUACGAUCCCAGCCUCACUCUUAUGAGCGUUGUGAAUGAGCAAGCACUCAACAACGUCCUCGCGAUUGCAGCUCUCCAAGCCCCCGUCGACGCUGCCCAAGAUGCCUUGAACUCCUACAUUUCAUCCAAGCGUAGCUUGACCAUGACGCGGACCGAGCUUCGAAAUCUCCGGGUCAGCACCGAAGAUCUAGACAAGGAGCUCGAGAGGCUCAGCGCCAAUGUCGAGAAGGCUGCCAGUGACUAUGCAAAAGCCAAAAUGGCCGCUGAGCCUCAGAUCAUGGAGAAGCGGAAGAACGUCCACUCUGUUCACAAGCAGAUUGAGAGUCCUGUGGACUACAUGCGGAGCGAGAUCAAGACCAUGCCACUUGCCAACGACACCAUGAACAUGGAUGUGCAGUACUUUUCUUUCGACUCCAACUCCCAGAGCUCGGCUGCCUACAGCGCCCAAAUCGCCUCGUACGUGUCUGGAACUGUGGGCGGCGUUUUCGGGGCUAAGAAGUCCAUGGAAAUUGGCACCGCAGCAUCGCGUCAGGUCAGCCGCCAGGUCAGCAGCCACAGCAUCGAGGGGACUCUGGUGCUGUCUGUAAGCUGCACGCACAAGAAUGCAUCCAUCGUGGCGCCAUUUGUCCUGCACGUCGACAAGGCUAUCAAGGUGUGGAAUCAUCUUUUCCCCAACAGCAAGCUAGACCCUACCAGCGGGCCAAGCAUGAUGAAAUGUGCCAUGGAAGAGAGCAAGGAAGAUAAAGAGAAGUUUUCCAUCAUCUCCGGUACCACCUACGGGUCGAGUUUCGUCGGCAUGGUCCACAUUCUCAACUCGACGCAAACAUCUGCCUCAGAGUCAAUGACUGCCGCUGCCGCGUCUAUGCAGGCGUCCAUGGACGUGGGUGGUUGGUUUGCCAAGAAGAGCGGCAAAGUCGGCGUGGAUGCCAAGUUUGCCAGCGACGUCAAGAAUCUUCUCAGUCAGCAGAAUGUCCAGUCUCAUGUGACAGUCCUAACCAUGGGUGUUAUCCCUUCCAUGGUGGCCAAUGAGGUGUCCAAGACUGUGAAGGAGUUCACCAAGUUUAGCCCCGAGUCCAACAUGGCAGCCGUGGCCAGCAUCCAAAAUGCCACCGCCUCUAACCAGGCAUCUGUUCAAUCUCUAGCCGAGGAUGCACGAACAAGCGGCCAAGCCUCCGAGUUGCAGGGCAAGACGAUUGAGUCUGCUAUGAGCGCCUUGGCCGUCGUUGACGAAAGCAAGAACAAAGUUCUGGAUGUCAAUUCAAUGAUGACGGCCCUGGAUGAUUACUUGAAGAAGGCCGCAGAGGGCAAUGCUGGAAUUCCUAUCAACUAUUAUCUAAAGGAUAUCGAUCAGAAGAUGCUGGCGCAGAUGUGGGCAGCCAAGUAUUAUCCUGGCCAGUUUAUGGCUAUCAAAUACGACGACACGGAAGGAGGCCCAGCGACUGAGGGUGGAGAGCCCAAGGCUAAGUUGUGA